AUAACUCCUCAAGGUGACGGUUAGGGCGGGACUUCCGCCCGAGCACUCAAACAGGGAAGUCGUCGUGUUACUUUCCUUCAGCGUCACAGUUCUUCUCCGUGGGAGAAAACACGCUAACUCGGCGGCUGUAAGUUGCUCCAGCGGGAGGAAAUCCGACAGGAGCGAGGUCCGCGCCACCUCCCGCCGCCGCGAGGGUCACCUGAGUCCGGCUGUCAGCGGGGGAAUGAGCCGGCAGGAGGCGGAGGGCGCUCCGGCAGGGUGAAACGGGAACCGAAAAGCCAGAGAUAAUUACUCCAGGAUGGUUGGGCUGUAAUCCUGAAAACAUGCUGGAUUUUUUCCCCCUGGCGCCAGCAGCUGCACCCUGAGCAGGACACAUCUGGGAACAUGGCUCUGUGAUGAAACGGAACGAAGACGGACCCUCCCAGAUCCCAUUCCUUUUGUCUGUAACCAGGACACUGCCUACUCAGAGCCAAGCUCUUCCCAGAACCCGGAGCCAUGUUCCGGAAAAGAAGCUCUCUCAUUCUAUGCGGGACGUUCCUGUUUGUGACCUGGAACGCCGUGCUGGUGCUGCUGCUCUGGGGCAGAGCGCCGCCGGGCCAGCAGGGUGCCGGGCAGUGGGAUCCGGCCUCCAUGCCCACCGAUGACGUGGUGGGAGACGUGAUCCGCGUCGCAGACUCCUUCGAAUCGGAGCUGGUAAAGCAGAAGGAGAUCCUGUCCCAGAUCCUGAGCCACCGGUCGCUGUGGAAGCCGGCCAACAGAAAGAGGGCGAAGGUCAACGUUCCUAGUCCGCCGGUCAUUCCCAUCCUGGUGGUCGCCUGUAACCGGGUCACAGUGAGGCGCUGCCUGGACAAGCUGCUGGAGCUGCGGCCCUCCGCCGAGCUCCAUCCCAUCAUAGUGAGCCAGGACUGCGGGCACGCCGCCACCGCCGACGUCAUCGCCUCCUACGGGGAUAAAGUCACUCACCUGAAGCAGCCGGACCUGUCUGACAUUCCCGUCCGGCCCGAGCACAAGAAGUUCCAGGGUUACUACAAGAUCUCCAGACACUACCGCUGGGCUCUGAACCAGGUCUUCCGGACCCUUUCCCACUCCUCCGUGGUGAUCGUGGAGGACGACCUGGAGGUGGCGCCAGACUUCUUUGAGUAUUUCCGGGCCCUGCACCCAGUGCUGCAGUCGGACCCCACCCUGUGGUGCGUGUCGGCCUGGAACGACAACGGCCGGGACGGGAUGGUGGACCCCGGCCAGCCGGCGCUCCUCUACCGCACCGACUUCUUCCCGGGUCUGGGCUGGAUGCUGCUCCGAGAGACCUGGGAGGAGCUGGAGCCCAAGUGGCCCUCCUCCUUCUGGGACGACUGGAUGCGGCAGCCGGAGCAGCGGCGGGGCCGCGCCUGCGUCCGGCCCGAGAUCUCCCGCACGCUGACCUUCGGCCGGCAGGGCGUCAGCCUGGGCCAGUUCUACGACAAAUACCUGAAGUUCAUCAAACUGAACUCUGAGUUUGUGCCUUUCACCAAACUGGACCUGGCCUACCUGCAGGAGGACGCGUACCGGACCAGCUUCAACAAGCAGGUGUACAGCGCCGCCGUGGUAACCUAUGAAGACGUGAAGCAAGGCCGGCUGAGCGGCCCCGGACCGUUCCGGCUCCAGUACUCCAGCAAGGACAGCUUCAAGGUCAUGGCCAAGAAUCUGGGCAUCAUGGACGACUUGAAGUCCGGCGUGCCACGGACCGGAUACCGGGGCGUGGUCACCUUCUUCUACAGGGGGCGGAGGAUCUACCUGGCCCCGCCUCCUGGGUGGAGUCAGUACGAUCCCACCUGGAGCUGAGGGUCCGCAGAGAGUCUGACACAUUCCACACCAAAGAGAAACAGGAUUCCUGCUGUUUGCCUUUACAGAUGCUGGAUGUUUAGGAGGUUCAGCCAACACUACUCAGGUUUCCCUGCAGCGCAAAACAGAUCUGCUGUAAAUCGCCAGAGUUCUAUUUUUCUAUGAUUCUGAUUGUGCGCAUUGCAGCCACGCAUUUAAUGCAUCACCCCAGUUUGCCUUAUUGGUUUUAAAUUAUUGGAGUUAAUCUGAGUUAAUCCUGUAAUCUGUGAUUCUGUCUGCUGAUGACUGAGAGGAAACCAAAUUCUGCUCUUCCUGCUCACGUUUUGUCAGAUGAUUUUGUUUGGAAUAUUUGUUGCCUUGGAAUCACUGUGGGGAUUUGUAUGUGUGGGUUUUUUUUUUAAAUAAAAACAAAGUUAAUGCAGA